AUGACCCUUACUGGUCAACAGGAGGAAGAGUCGUCGUUGGACGAUGUUGGGGUAAUGGACUUCCGAAAUAAAUUGAGAAGAUGCGUAGAAUUAAAUAAAAAAGGAACAGACCAACCUGUUGUCUCUGAAGGAGAAAAAGAGGCAGAAGAAACUCGGUUGUUUUCAACAUACUAUCACCAGUGGAAAGGCGAGGAUAAUUGUUACAACACUGGCACCUAUCGUAUAAUUCCAAAAUUUUAUCACAAGCUUCCAUCAGAAGAUGAAAUCCUUCUACAGAAAGUCCGUGAGGAAGCAAGAGCUCUUUUUUUGCAACGUAGGAGUCGAGACUUAUUGGGCAAUGAAGAAUUACAGCACCUGUGGUUUCUCCUUGACAAACAUCACACACCCCCGGUUAUUGCUGACGAACAGAUGAUCAACUAUACAGACUUCCUUAAGGUUUCCACGGAAGCUGGGACCAAGUGCAAAUCUUUCUUCACUGCCACAGUAUUUGCUAAACUCUAUCAAAAGGAGCCACAUGGAAGAAUUUCCAUCAUGCAGUUCUUCAAUUAUGUGAUGCGGAAAGUUUGGUUGCAUCAAACAAGAAUUGGUUUGUCACUAUACGAUGUAACUGGACUUGGUUAUCUCAAGGAAAUAGAUUUGGAAAAUUAUAUUUUGGAACUUAUUCCAACAUUACCAAGAAAUUCGCAGAUUCAGACUUGGAUUUCUGGUGGUCACUCUAUACCGCCAGAUAGAAUAUAUAUUAGUUUUCUUUCUUUCUUUCAUAUUUACUUAAGAAUUCAUGAAAGAUAUCUCUCUCACUCACUCACUCGCUCUCUGUCUUGUUCAUUCUCUCUGUCUCAUUCACUCUCUCUCUCUGUCUGUCUGUCUCGCUCACCAUCUCUCUCUCUCUGUCUGUCUCGCUCACUCUCUCUCUCUCUCUGUCUGUCUCGCUCACCAUCUCUCUCUCUCUGUCUGUCUCGCUCACCAUCUCUCUCUCUCUCUGUCUGUCUCGCUCACCAUCUCUCUCUCUCUCUGUCUGUCUCGCUCACCAUCUCUCUCUCUCUCUGUCUGUCUCGCUCACCAUCUCUCUCUCUCUCUGUCUGUCUGCUCACCAUCUCUCUCUCUCUCUGUCUGUCUGGCUCACCAUCUCUCUCUCUCUCUGUCUCGCUCACCAUCUCUCUCUCUCUCUGUCUGUCCCGCUCACCAUCUCUCUCUCUCUCUCGCUCACCAUCUUGCUUUAUCUUGCUCUCUUUCUAUCUGAAUGUCUUGGAGAGAUCUUUCUAUUCCUUUUAUGUUUGUACAGCAGUCAGGAAAUUCUUCUUCUUCCUCGACCCAAUGCGAACUGGCAAGAUUAAGAUCUUAGAUAUUCUUGCUUGCAGUUUCCUUGAUGACCUCUUGGAGCUUCGUGAUGAAGAACUCUCCAGAGAAAUGCAAGAAUCCAACUGGUUCUCCGCGCCCUCAGCUCUGCGUGUGUACGGCCAGUAUUUAAAUCUGGAUAGGGACCACAAUGGUAUGCUGAGCAAGGAAGAAUUAGCUAGAUAUGGUACUGGUACCUUAACAGAUGUGUUUCUUGACAGAGUCUUCCAAGAAUGCCUCACUUAUGAUGGCGAGAUGGAUUACAAAACCUACCUUGACUUUGUAUUGGCGUUAGAGAACAGAAAAGAACCCCAAGCCUUACAAUACCUUUUUCGGAUUCUCGAUGUAGAACAAAAAGGCUUCCUCAAUGUGUUUUCAUUGAAUUAUUUCUACAGGGCAAUACAAGAACAAAUGAGAAGGCAUAAUCAGGACCCAAUUUCUUUUGAAGAUGUGAAAGAUGAAAUUUUUGAUAUGGUUAAGCCAAAAGAUCCACUUAAGAUAACAUUACAAGACUUGAUUUAUAGUGGCAAAGGAGACACAGUUCUUAGCAUACUGAUUGAUCUUAAUGACUUCUGGACAUAUGAAAACCGGGAAUAUAUUGUACUGGAUGCUGCAGCUGCCACUUCAGAUGCUGAUGAAGCUGAGAUUUGA